CACUUCCGGGUAUCUUUUUUUUCUUCUGUCAGAGCGCGACAUUUUGAAAGUGACGGAAGGCGGAAGUAAACCAAGAGCGGUGGCUGAACACGUGAGAGUAUCCAAAUCUUCUUGACGGUUGUGCAUAAACUGUUUUGUGACUGGAUCGAGAUGGAAGGGGAUAGUGACGGGAUGUAUGAGGAAGGUAUGGACGUGGAUAGGACUAGAGGGGAGAAAGGAAAGAAGGGGAGCGGAGGGCAUGAAGGAAAGUCGAGUGCUAAAAGAGCCCAUGAAGAAGAUGAAGAAGUAGAAAAAAGGAAAAAGACUAUGGAAGAUAAUUAUAGGAUUAUAUAUACAUUUAAAUCAAGUCAAGACAUGAAUGACAUAAGUUUAAUGACACUGGUUUAGGGGUUAAAGAAGGACAUCGGAGAGGUGGAGAUAGCGAAGGUGCUUAGGGACGGGCGACUUUUGAUUAAAUGCAAAAAUGGAGAGCAAAAAGGUAAAGCAAUGCGGUUGCAAAAACUGUGCAAUAAGAUAAUAAAGGAAAAAAAUCGAAGUGGGAGAACGAAAGGGGGCAAGAGGAGUAGUGACAGGAAUUCCAAGAGGUGAAAAUUUAGAAGAAUUGAAAAGACAAAUAAAAGGGGGAACUGUCAAGAUGUUGACAAGAAUGAUGGCAUAUAGAAAUGGAGAAAAGAUGGAGAGUGAAUCAGUAUUAGUACAGUUUGUCGAGGAAGUCCUCCCACAGAGAAUCAUGAUUGGGUUUUUAAGCUUUUAUGUUAGAGCUUACGUCCCACCCCCAGUACGCUGCUUCAAGUGCCAACGCUAUGGGCACAUAGCCAGUGUGUGUCAUGCUAAGUUGAGAUGUGGAAGGUGUGGAGGGGAGCAUGAAUAUGGACAAUGUGGAGAUAAUGAUCUGGUCAAAUGUUGUAACUGUGGCGGGAAUCACACAGCAGCGUAUGGGGGAUGUGUCAUUAGGAAACAGGCAACAGAAGUACAGCAAAUCAGAGUAGAAAGAAAUAUUACAUACGCAGAGGCAGUUAAAGUAAGAAAUCAAGAAAGUGCAGAACAAGAUAGAAGUGAGAAUAGUUCAGAACGAGACAGAAGUGGCAAUAGUUCAAGUAAUAAAAAACGAGAGGCAACAAAUACAGGACUUUCUAUGGACCAGCUAGUUGUGUUCCUGGCAUAUGUCAUAAACUGCACAGAUCAGGCAAGAAAUAAAACUGAGAAGAUCAAAAUAAUUGUCAAAGCAGCAGCACAGUUCUUAAAUUUAAAAGAACUAUCUUGGGAACAGGUACAAGGUGAACUACAGAGAGUAGACGAGACAGAGUCAUGUUACCACAAUCCAACGCCAUGUUAAUUAUUCAGUGGAAUGCCAGAAGUUUAGUAGCAAACGGACAGGAACUAAAGGGAUAUAUUAAUAAUAUGAAAAAUAAACCACAUAUAAUAUGUAUUCAAGAAACCUGGCUGAAGCCAAAAUUGAGCUUUAGAAUAAAAGGAUAUGUAACAAUACGUAAAGAUAGGAAUGAUGGGCAAGGAGGAGGAUGUGCCAUAUUAAAGAAGACAUGCAUUAUACAAUAUUAAAAGAAAAACAAGAACUAGAAAUAGUAGGGGUAGAAGUAUGGAAUAAUAAAGAAAGAUACAAAGUGCUAAACUUCUAUAAUCCGUGCAAGAAAUUACAAAUCCAUCAACUAGAAAAAAUAGUCGAGCACUGGAGUGGCAAUAUCAUUUGGUGUGGUGACUUUAAUGCACAUAGUACAAUGUGGGGUGAAAGGGAUGACUGGAAUGGGGAAACAUUGGAAGCAUUUUUGGAGGAAAAAGAACUGGUGUGUGUGUGAAUGAUGGGUCUGGAACAAGAUUAGAUGUAGUUACGGGUAAAGAAACAGCAAUAGAUUUAACACUGGUGUCACAAGGGUUAGCAGGAAAGGUAGAGUGGGAAGUAAAUAAAGACAGCACUAUAGGAAGUAAUCACUACCCAAUCUUCUAUCACAUAAACAUAAACCAAAGGACAGAAAGCACUAAAAAAGAAGGAAGAUGGAAGUAUAAUCACGGUGAUUGGGGACAAUUUAGGGAAAGUACCGACAUGACAUUAAAGGAAGUGGAUAUAAAUCAAGAUAUUGAACAACUAAAUACAGAUAUUACAAAGUGCAUAAUAGAAGCAGCCAAAAAAAAGCAUACCAAGGAGUAGUAUAGGGAAAAGAAGGAAGAUAGUGCCGUGGUGGACACAAGCGUGCACAGACUCAAUAAAAGAACGGAAUAGAGCAUUUAGAAUAUUGAGAAGAACACAUAAUUUCCAAGAUAUGAUCCAAUAUAAAAGGCACCAAGCUAAAGUAAGGUACGUUAUUAAAAAGACAAAAAAACACUAUUGGAGAACGUUUUGUGAAUCAUUAAAUAGAACUACUCCUUUAGGCCAAGUGUGGGGAAUGAUCAAGAAAAUGUCAGGGAUCAGAAGUGAACAUAAAAAUCAUGUGAUGAAAGAUGGGACACGGUGUGUGGUAGAAAAUAAAGAAAAAGCAGAAGUUUUAGCAAAGACAUUUGUUAAAGUGCACAGUAAUGAUAAUUUGAGAAAUGUAGAAAAACAAAAGAGAGAAGAAACAAUUAGUUUAAAUAUUGGGGAAAUGGUGGAAGACAAUGAUAAUAGUUUAACCUACACUAUAGAUAUGAAAUUUUCUUUGAAUGAAAUGGUUCGAAUAUUGAAAAAGGUUAAAAAUACAACACCAGGAAAAGACCAGGUGAGUUAUCAGAUGAUCAAAAACUUAAGCAGCAUUGGCAAAGAAGUGGUCUUGAAAUUAUAUAAUAGGAUAUAUGAAGAAGGGAAAUUACCAGCAGAGUGGAAAGAAGCUGUAAUAAUUCCGAUAUGCAAACCAGGGAAAGACCCGGAAGAGGCAGGUAAUUAUAGGGCGAUAGCAUUGACCUCAAAUUUGGGUAAAGUAAUGGAAAAAAUGAUUAAUGAAAGACUAGUGUAUUAUUUAGAGUCAAAAGAAAUAAUAAAAAACUACCAAAGUGGAUUUCGCAAAGCAAGAAACACAAACGACCCAGCAGUGCAGCUGGAAGAGGAAAUUAGAAAGGGACAAAUAAAUAAAGAAAGUAUAAUUGCAGUAUUUUUUGAUAUAGAGAAAGCUUAUGAUAUGUUGUGGAAACAGGGGUUGCUGAUCAAACUAAAUAUAAUUGGGAUUAGAGGGAAAAUGUAGAGAUGGAUAAAAGACUUCUUAACAAGUAGAAAAAUAUUAGUAAAAAUAGAGAAUGAAUACAGCAGAGUAUAUGAAGUGGAAAAUGGGACCCCGCAAGGGAGUAUAAUAAGUCCAGUAUUAUUUUCAAUAAUGAUAAAUGAAGUUUUUAGUGAAGUGGAAGGAUUAGUGGAUGUGGCACUGUUUGCUGACGAUGGAGUGAUGUGGAAGAGAGGUAGAAAUACUAAUCAUAUAGAAAAGAAGAUUCAAAAAGCGGUAAAUAAAGUUCAAGAAUGGGGAACGGCGUGGGGUUUAAGAUUCUCUGUUGGAAAGACAAAAGUCAUAAAUUUUACAAAGAGGAAAGUACAAAACAAGAUCCAAAUUAAACUCUAUGGAGAAAAUAUAGAAGAGGUACAAGUAUUUAAAUAUUUGGGUAUAUGGUUUGAUAAAAAUAUUAACUGGUCAACCCACAUCAGCAAAAUAGUGGAGAAAAGUAAAAAGGUGUUAAAUGUAAUGAGGGCUUUGAGGGGUAAAGACUGGGGGGCUGAUAGGCAGACAUUGAAAGCAAUAUACAUCAGUUUAAUACGAUCUGUUAUUGAUUAUGGAUGCAUUAUUUAUCAAUCUGCUGCAAAAACAUUACUUGGGAAAAUAGACAGGAUCCAAUCACAGGCUUUAAGAUUAUGUUGUGGAGCUACUAAAUCAACCCCAGUUGCAGCAUUACAAGUAGAGAUGAAUGAAAAACCUUUAGAUAUGAGGAGAGAUCAACUGUCAGUAGUUUAUUGGGCAAACUUAAAAGGGUCCAAGCAAGGACAUCCAACCCAUCAAGUACUAUUAAACUGCCAAGAAAAAGAGAAGAAAAAAAUGAAUAGUUUUGGGUGGAUAAUAGGAGACAGAUGUAAUAAAGUUCAAAUUGAUAAUAUUAAAGUUAGCCCUACAGUACCAAUCCCUGCAAUACCACCGUGGAUGUAUGAAAACCCAAAUGUAAACAUGCAAUUACUAAAGAAUAGAAAUUUAAAUAGUUACCAGAUAGAACAAUGGAUUGAGGAAACGUUUUUAGACAACAUCAUGGUGUACACAGAUGCAUCAAAAACUAUAAAUAAUAAGGUAGGAGCAGCAGCUGUUAUUCCACAAGGAAACAUAGUAUUAAAUAAAAGAAUUAGUGAUAAAUUAUCUGUUUUUACGGGAGAAUUGGUAGCAAUUUAUGUGGCAAUUAAUUGGAUAGAAGAAAAUAAAGCAAGAAAAGCAGUCGUGUGCUCGGACUCCAGCAGUGCAUUGACUAGCAUAAAAAACAUAGCGUCAGAAACAAGACAAGAUUUAGUUUAUGAAAUAGUUCAGGCAGUCUACUGAAUAAGUAAAGCGGGAGGUGUGGUAACAUUUCUUUGGGUUCCUGCUCAUGUAGGAGUUGAGGGGAACGAAUUAGCUGAUAAGUACGCAAAACAAGCAACCACUAAAACAGAAGUAAACAUGGAGAUUAAGCACAGUAAAGAAGAAGUGAAGAACAUCAUUAAGAUAGAACACAAUAAAAAGUGGCAGGAUAAUUGGAAUAAGGAAACAAAAAGUAGACAGUAUUACAAAGUCCAGAGGAGAGUAUGUGUAAUGAGAGGAGGCAAUAGAAAUAGGAAGGAAGAAGACAUUAUUACUAGAAUGAGAUUAGGACAUACAUAUCUAAAUAGUUCAUUGAAAUUGAUGGGGAAACAUGCUAAAGGACUGUGUGAUUCUUGCCAACAGAUAGAAAAUGUAAGACAUGUUUUAAUACAUUGUAGAAAAUAUAAUAGAGAAAGGGAAAUACUGGGAAAUAAGUUAGCGAAAGAGAAUAUUAGGUUAGCAGUGGAAGAUAUAUUAGGAUUGCACUCAGAACACACAGGUUAUAAAGCAAUACACACAUUUUUUUAAAAACACUGGGUUCAAUAAAAUAAUUUAGAGUAGGAAUCCACCUCGAUCCACACUCCAUUACAGUAGGUGGCGGUAAUGCUCACCACAAGGUUGCUUGCCAAACGCCAUAAAAUCACAAGAAGAAGAAGAAGAAGAACCAACGCUGGAACGUAGUCUCUGCUUGCAUAUUCCCUCCGUCGCCUUGGAAGUGAGCAGUGCGCCUCACUUCUCUGGACCCCUCUGGAUUCUGAUUUGCCUCCCUCGAUCCUCGACCCCCACUUUGGACUUGGACCUCUGGGCGCCCCUCUCAGCCCCACGGACCCCUGCUUGUUUCACGGACUCCCCUACCUGCCUCGCCCUACUGAACUGGUCACCUUCUCACUCAACACGCACUUACAACAACC